AAAGUCUAUGAGUCUAUUGUUGGGUCUGAAAUGUGACUCCCAGUGAAUGAGAUCCAAGAACGGCUUGGUAUUAAAGGUUGUUGAGGGUGGGAUCUUGUACUCAUGCUCCCAAAAUUCCCUUUGAAGGCUGGGACCUUUGGGUGUGCAAGGAAUGGAAGGAUCAGAACCUAGGAUAACACUAACCCUUUGACUGUGCAUAUAAUAAUAAUUCCUAGCUUUUCUAUCGUGCAGUAUAUCUAGCUUUCAUCUAUCUGGCAGUCUAGAAAUCCCUGGGUUCUAAGAGGAAGGCUCUGGCUUUAUAUUUUUUUCCCCUCCAGAUUUGUGUGGUGGGCCCAUACUCCAGCUGUGACGUUUCUCCAAAAACAAGCUCUUGGCAAAUCUCAACCACUGUUUUCUAACACAAUGAUGAACAUAGAUGAACAAUGAUGAACCUAGUUGUCCAGGUCUAUGCUUACAGUUAUACCAUGGGGGGUGACCCUGUUGCUGACACCAGUCAUCAGAAGUCCAGGCAGAUGGGACGGAUGGAAACUGUGUCACAUUUGUGUUACAUGAUGAGGACCACACAUUUGGCAACUCCCUCCGUUACAUGAUCAUGAAAAAUUGGCUUGCUGCUGAUUCUGAGAGCCCACUUGUGCUUCCUGCUUCUGUUUCCUGUAGCCCUGAAGUGGAGUUCUGUGGUUACAGCAUCACCCACCCAUCUGAAAGCAAAAUCAACUUCCGGAUCCAAACCAGAGGGGGGAUCCUAGCCAUUGAGCCAUUCCGGAGAGGACUGACAGAACUGGUGGACGUCUGCCAGCACGUGCUCAGCAAGUUUGAGGCAAGCGUAAAGGAAUACAAGGCCCAAAGAGAGGCGGAAAUGGACUAGCCCCUGCAGCUGCUGGAGUACGGAAUGGACAUGUAUAUAUUGUUCAUGUAUGUUUAAUGCCCCUGUUGAAAGAGGUUUUAUUUUUUUAUGACAAAUCUGAAGCAAACGGUGUAAUUUCUCUAAUAAAUGCUGUAAGGUUCAGUCUUGCUUGCAUUUCACUCCAUUCAGACCUGCCACAGAUCCAAAAUAAGAAAGGGGUUCCCUGAAAUUUUCUCAGGUCAGCAGUCCCCACUACACUUCCAUUCUCACCCUUAGAAAUCUCCACAGUCUCAAAUUCACUUCAAGAUCUGAGUCUGCAGAAAUCCCCCAGAUCAAAGCACCUCCAACCCUUUGCAGUGUUU